CAACGCAACUCUUAGUAGCAGGCAGCAGCCCAAGUUGAAUAAGGAACCAGAACCCAAUCCCGGAACCCCCAACACUUUUCCGAUACCAAAGGAAUUAGGGUUUUAUCACUUCCCUUCAUUUCUUCUUUCUUCUCCAACCGCAUCAUUCACAUUCAUCCAAACAAAUCCAAUUCCAAAGAACAAACAUCAAAUUUCAUUUCUCAUGGAACAACCAACUGAAUCAACAGAGCCCCAGAAAAGCAAAAAAGCCGCAAAGAAAGAAGCCGCCAAGCAAGAGAAAGAACGCCGCCGUAGCGAGAAAGAAGCAGCAGAUUUAGCCGCCGCAGCUGCCUCCUCUCUCACAAUGGAGGAACAAGAAGAUUCCUUAUCAGGAAAUUACGGGAAUGUCCCUCUAUCCGAUCUUCAAUCAAAAUCUGAAGCGAAUCUCAACGAGUGGACUCGCGUCGGUGACCUGACGGAGGAAUUCAAAGACAAGGAAGUGUCGAUUAGAGGAAGAGCACAGACUAUGCGGCCGGUUAGUAAGAAAAUGGCGUUCGUUGUUGUUAGAGAAGACGGGUUUACGGUUCAAUGUGUGCUUACAGUCCAGCCUGGUUUGGUUAGCCCGCAGAUGGUUAAGUUUGCUGCUGGGUUGAACCGUGAGUCGAUUAUCGAGGUUUCGGGUGUGGUUUCUUUGCCUAAUGCACCUAUUAAAGGAACAACUCAGCAGGUUGAGGUUCAAGUGAGAAAGAUUUAUUGCAUAAGCAAAGCUACACCAACUCUACCUGUUAAUAUCGAGGAUGCGUCUAGAAGUGAGAAAGAAAUCGAGGAGGCUUUGCAGAAAGGAGAACAGCUUGUUCGUGUUAAUCAAGAUACUCGCUUGAAUUAUAGAGUUCUGGACAUACGCACGCCUGCUAACAGAGCAAUUUUCUAUAUUCAGAGUCAAGUUUCCAAUAUAUUUAGGCAAUUCUUAUUAGGAGAAAAAUUUGUUGAAAUCCACACCCCAAAACUGAUGGCAGGCUCUAGUGAAGGUGGCGCUGCUGUAUUUAGGCUAGAAUACAAAGGCCAGCCGGCAUGCUUGGCUCAAUCACCUCAGCUUCACAAACAAAUGGCAAUUUGUGGUGAUUUUAAGCGUGUUUUUGAGGUCGGUCAUGUUUAUAGAGCAGAAGAUUCUUACACACACAGGCAUUUGUGUGAGUUUGUAGGUCUUGAUGUUGAAAUGGAGAUCAUAAGAAAUUAUUCCGAGGUUAUGGAUGUUGUUGAUAAGUUAUUUGUCUCAAUGUUUGACCACUUGAAUGAGAACUGCAAAUCGGAACUUGAUGCUAUUUGUAAGCAAUAUCCAUUUGAACCUCUAAAGUACUUGCGAAACACUCUACGCCUACGAUUUGAUGAAGGGAUUCAAAUGCUCAAGGAAGCAGGAGUGGAAGUUGAUCCAUAUGGAGACUUGAAUACAGAAAAUGAGAGAAAAUUGGGGCAGUUAGUUCUAGAGAAGUUUGGGACUGAGUUUUAUAUUCUUUAUCGCUAUCCUUUAGCGGUUAGGCCAUUCUACACUAUGCCAUCUUUUGAUGAUGUGAAGUACAGCAACUCAUUUGAUGUCUUUAUUCGAGGAGAAGAAAUUAUAUCUGGAGCUCAGCGUGUACAUGAUGUAGAAUUGUUGGAGGAACGUGCAAAGGCAUGCGGAAUUGAUGUCUCCACAAUAUCAACAUACAUUGAUGCUUUCAGAUUUGGUGCGCCUCCACAUGGUGGAUUCGGUGUGGGAUUGGAGCGUGUGAUAAUGUUAUUCUGUAAUCUGAAUAACAUUCGCAAGACGUCCCUGUUCCCUCGUGACCCAAUGAGGCUUGCACCAUGAUAAUUUCUUCGAGCAGAGCCUCACGGAGUCCCUUGAAAAGAUCUAUUGUUUUGCAUUUUGUGUUAUAAUGUUAUGUUAAUUUCUAUAUUCCUCUUUUAAUAAGAAAUCAGGAAGGGGUACACUAUGAGCUCGAACUUGAGAAGACCUCAUAUUUUUGAAUUAACAGAACUUUUUCUAUUAGACAA